AUGAUAGUUGGACGCAACUUCUUGCUGAAAGUGAAUUCUAAUAUUGGGAAUUCUGUCGUCGUGAGCUCCAUUGAGGAAGAAGUUCACAAGCUUCAAUGGGCAACAAUGUGGGGUGCUGAUACCAUUAUGGAUCUCUCAGAACGCCAAGAUGGUUGGAAUGAAGAUACACUAACCUUCAAAAUUCAAAUGUUUGGACUUCGGGAAUCAAGGUGGCUGUUGCCUACUAGUAGUGGUUGGCUUCAGGUUCACAGUGGCUGCUCAGGUUCAGGACUUUGCUCGCUCGAACUCGAAGGCGGAACGGCUGGCUUCACGGUGGCUUCUCACUCGUCAAUCGUCACUACAGGUCGCUGGAGGAGGAGUGAACUGCAGCCAAAGGGGGGAGGUUCGCGACUUCGCGUCAUGGUGGUGGAAUGA